UCAAAGUCCCAGAAGGCCCUGCGCCGCUCCUCGGCGUGUGUGCUCUGCAUGCAGUGGAGAGAAAUGUAGAGUGUUUGGAGGCGGAGAGAGUCAGUCGGCUCACUGUGUGGAGCUGUGUCGGGCAGCAGGAGGAGCCGACACCGACACCGACAGAAAAAGAGACCGAUUCAAAGAAAAGAUAGGAGCGUUGUUCAAAUGCACGGAUUCGGGCUUUGAAUUGCGGGCGGAGGAGGAAACGGUCUUAUGGUUUAAAGUGGAGGUUUUUAACGCGGACUGAAAGGGGGGUGUUGACUCUACGGACACAGCAGCAACCCCCAUCCUAAAAAAAAAAAAAAAAAAAAAAACACUAAGAGGAAUCGGCAAGAGAGAAAGAGCCAGGCUUAGUAUGUUAUUGGAGAAACUGACUCGGCACUGGCAGCCUCCAUCGUGUUAAUGUAAUGGAAACACGCCUUGGUCACCCCCGGUAGCAUCUGAAAUGCAUCAGCGGAAAUAUAUCUGCAACUCCCAUGGCUAAUUGUAUGAAGCGGUGGUGGUGGCUCGAGUUUGCCAGUGGAUGCACUCAAGAGCCGGGUGCCCUGUCAUGCCCAGCGCCAUGCUAAAGCAACACACUCAUAAUAACAAGGAGCACUCAGUUCAACCAGUGGGAAAGCUGUGGAAAAAGUUGGUGGAAAAUCUAUGGUUUGAGCCUCAAAUUUGAUUUCCUUUUUUUUUUUUUUUUUUUUUUUUUUUUUUUUUGACCUAGUUAUUCUGUAACGCACCACAGCUCUGCUGCUUUUUCCUGCAGCUCUGCUUUUUUUUCUCUACUUUCACUCAACUUGCAUUCACUCUGGCUUCUUCAUAACAUCAACACCAAGGACGGGGGCAAGACUGCAAACUGCUUUCUGAGAGGCACGUUUUCAGCCGACGGAAUGGAUGUUCGAAUUUACUGCCGGCCUUUGUUGGAGUUGAAAAUGUGAGGGUCAGAAUGAAGAGACUCCUAUGAAGAGGAGGAAUAGGUGGAACAGCAGCACUAUAUCAAAAUGGCCCAAACCAGUUUGCUGCAGGGGAAGCGCUUUUAUUGCCGGGAGUGGGUCUUUCAUAAGAUCCAGCAUUGCCUCCAGGAGAAAACCAACAACCUCAGUGGAGUGACCAGCACUCCCAGUAAACAGCCCCCGUUGGCGCCCAGCGGAGUUGCGUCCAACCCUGGCACCCUGACAUCAGGAUCCGGAAAGUCGGGUAGCUCCUGGGGGGUUUUGCUGGUGGGCGGACCAGGAAGCGGGAAAACUGCAGUGUGCACGGAGCUGUUAUGGCCCACAUCUGCCCAGGGAACGCACCGGGGUCUGCACCAGCAGAGCCUGGCUUUCCACUUCUGCCGGGCGGACGACUCAGACACGCUGUGCGUCGGUGGCUUCAUCCGAAGUCUGGUGGCUCAGAUCUGCCGUAGCGGGCUGGUGCCAGGAUACGAGGAGAAGGUGCGCGACCCAGCUGUGCAGAGCACUUUGCAGCCUGGAGAGUGUGAGAGGAACCCCACCGAGGCUUUCAAGAGAUGUGUCCUCCUGCCUCUCCUCAGUGUUAAGCCUCCUCAGCAGUCUCUCUUCCUGCUGGUGGACUCCAUCGACGAAGGCUGUCAGCUGGGCGAAGGGGAGCAGAGGUCCUCCCCCGGGUCCCCCAGGACCAUCGCAGAGCUCCUGGCCAGUCACCACGAGUUCCUGCCUCCCUGGCUGCUUCUCAUCUGCUCGGCGCGGCGACAGAACAAGGCCAUCACUAAACUGUUCACAGGAUUCCGUAAAAUCAGCCUUGAUGAUCUGCGCAAGGCUUACAUUGUCAAGGAUGUGCAACAGUACAUCCUUCACAGGCUGGACCAGGAGGAGGCUCUGAGGCAGCACCUGACCAAGGAGACAGCUGAGAUGCUCAACCAACUCCACAUCAAAAGCAGUGGAUGCUUCCUCUACCUGGAGCGUGUGCUGGAUGGUGUGGUGGAGAACUUUAUCAUGCUUCGCGAGAUUCGUGACAUCCCUGGAACUCUCAAUGGCCUCUACCUAUGGCUCUGCCAGAGACUAUUUGUCAGAAAACAGUUUGCCAAAGUCCAGCCUAUCCUUAAUGUAAUCCUGGCCACUUGUAGGCCACUCACAGUCAAGGAACUGUACCAUGCAGUCUGGACCAAAAAUAUGACACUGACUAUGGAGGAAUUUCAGAAGAAGAUGGACAUUCUCUCGAAGUUGUUGGUUGAUGGCCUUGGUAGUACUAAAAUCCUUUUUCACUACAGUUUUGCAGAGUGGCUACUGGAUGUUAAGCACUGCACCCAAAAGUACUUGUGCAAUGCAGCAGAGGGACAUAGAAUGUUAGCAAUGAGUUAUACUUGCAGGGCAAAGCAGCUCAAACCACUCGAAGUGCAGGAAUUUGCACUGCACCUUGUCAAUUCCAAUCUACAGAUUGAGCCAUUUAAUCUGGCUCUUUGGAUGGUUUGGAAUGGAACUCCUGCUAAAGACUCUUUGACAACCUCGAUACCAAGAGAACAGGAGGUCCUGCAACUUCUGGUCAAAGCUGGAGCACAUGUAAACAAUGAGGAUGACCAUGCGUCAUGUAUUGUACAGCAGGCCCUUGAAAGAGAGGACUCAAUACGGACAUUACUUGACAAUGGUGCAUCUGUGAACCAAUGUGACUCCAGUGGGAGAACUCUGCUGGCCAAUGCCGCAUAUAGUGGAAACCUUGAUGUGGUCAACUUGCUCAUAUCUAGAGGGGCAAACAUGGAGCUAGAAGACAACCAUGGACAAACAGCACUUACGCUUGCUGCAAGGCAGGGCCAUACUAAAGUGGUUAACUGCCUAAUUGGUUGUGAGGCCAACAUAAACCACACAGAUCAUGAUGGAUGGACAGCCCUGCGUUCAGCAGCUUGGGGUGGACAUUCAGAGGUUGUAUCUGCUCUGCUUUAUGCUGGUGCCAAAGUGGACUGUGCUGAUGCUGAUGGUAGAACUGCUUUGAGAGCUGCUGCUUGGGGAGGCCAUGAAGACAUAGUGUUGAACCUUCUUCAGCAUGGGGCUGAGAUCAACAAGGCAGACAAUGAAGGAAGAACAGCUCUCAUUGCUGCAGCAUACAUGGGACACAGAGAAAUUGUUGAGCACCUCUUGGACCAUGGAGCUGAAGUUAAUCAUGAAGAUGUGGAUGGGAGGACUGCCCUCUCAGUCGCUGCUCUCUGUGUUCCUGCAAGUAAAGGCCAUGCUUCCGUUGUGAGCCUUCUGAUUGACAGGGGAGCAGAGGUUGACCACUGUGAUAAAGACUGCAUGACUCCCCUCCUCGUGGCUGGCUAUGAAGGACAUGUCGAUGUAGUUGAUCUGCUUUUGGAAGGUGGGGCUGAUGUGGAUCACACAGACAACAAUGGUCGCACUCCUCUUCUUGCUGCUGCAUCAAUGGGCCAUGCCUCUGUUGUCAACACAUUACUUUUCUGGGGGGCUGCUGUUGAUAGCAUCGAUGGUGAGGGAAGGACUGUGCUGAGCAUUGCAUCUGCUCAGGGUAAUGUGGAGGUGGUCAGAACUCUGCUGGACAGAGGACUGGACGAGAAUCACAGGGAUGAUGCAGGCUGGACCCCGCUACACAUGGCUUCAUUUGAGGGCCACCGCCAAGUGUGCGAUGCCCUCAUUGAGCAAGGUGCUCGUUGUACAGAGGUUGAUAAUGAUGGUAGAAUACCGCUGAUAUUAGCUGCACAAGAAGGACAUUAUGACUGUGUGCACAUUCUUCUGGAAAACAAGUCGUGCAUUGACGAGAGGGGAUACGAUGGGAGGAAUGCUCUCAGGGUGGCUGCACUAGAAGGCCACAGGGACAUUGUUGAACUGCUGCUGAGCCACGGUGCUGAUAUAGAUCACAAAGACGCAGAUGGACGCCCCACACUUUACAUAUUGGCACUUGAAAAUCAGCUGGGCAUGGCAGAAUAUUUCCUUGAGAAUGGAGCAAAUGUGGAAGCUUGUGACACUGAGGGCAGGACCGCCCUCCACGUGUCCUGCUGGCAAGGGCAUGUUGAAAUGGUGAGGCUGCUGAUUAACUAUCAUGCUGAUGUAAAUGCCUGUGACAAUGAGAAGCGAUCUGCCCUCCAGUCUGCUGCAUGGCAAGGACAUACAAAAGUAGUGCAGUUUUUGAUAGAGAAUGGCACACAUGUGGAUCACACAUGCAACCAGGGAGCAACAGCACUAGGCAUAGCAGCACAAGAGGGUCACAUUGAUGUUGUGCAAAUACUUCUUGAAAAUGGUGCUGAUCCCAACCACGCUGAUCAGUUUGGACGCACAGCAAUGAGAGUGGCAGCAAAAGGUGGCCAUUCAACGAUCAUAAAACUUCUGGAAAAGUAUGGGGCCACAACUCUAAACGGCUGCAAUCCUUCCCCAGUACACACCAUGGAAGAAAAAACCUCAUUGGCCGUGACUGGUAAAAUGCAGUCCCUCACAAUUAAAUCAAGUAGCUCUGGCAGCACCGGGGCAGGAGAUAUGCAGUCGUCUGGACGUGGUCUACCCAAUGGACCUGUCCAUGCUUUCAGUUCACCAUCAGAAUCUCCUGAUUCUACAGUAGACAGACAGAAAUCCUCCCUAUCAAAUAAUUCUCUCAAGAGUUCAAAGAACUCCUCCCUGAGAACCACAUCAUCCACAGCCACAGCACAGACUGUGCCAAUCGACAGUUUUCAUGGACUUACCUUCACGGAACAAAUCCAACAGCACUCACUGCCUCGCAGUCGGAGCAGGCAGUCUAUUGUGUCCCCUUCCUCUACAACUAAGUCCAUUGGUCAGCAGCCAUCAUCUCCAUCGAAUGACUUUGACUGGUCUCAGUUAAAACCUAGUCUCAAAUCAACAAAGGGAAGUAAGACCGGAAAUGGGACAUCUAAUAGUAAAGGUGCACUGGGAGACAAGAAAAAAGUCAAGAACAGCGGAUCAACCCAAGGACAGGUUCUGGAGUAUGAGAUGACACAGUUUGACAAAAGGAUUGCCCUCAACAAAUCAGUAGCGAACAUUGCAGUGAAGGAUCCUCAUUGCAAGAUCAUGAUUGGUGGUUCGGUUCGGCAGGAAAGGGGGCAAAGUCAAGAUCAAUUCUUAAUCCAGCAGCAGAGCUGUUCUGAGAAAAAGAGGAAUGGCAUCAUGACCAACCCCAACUAUCAUCUACAGGGUAAUCAGGUUUUCCUGAGUAGGGUAUCAGUUCCUCGGACUGUACAGAACAGAGGCCACCAGGAUGUUCUAGAGAACUAUCCCAUAGGGGAAACCGAGCUAAGCCUUAAACAAGCCCUGAAACUGCAGAUUGAAGGAUCAGACCCUGGGUUUAACUACAAAAAGGAGACUCCAUUAUAGCUGAUGUCUUGAAUGCCAUUCGUCAUGCAGACAUUGGAGGGAAUGUGCCAAAGCAACUGUUUUCAUCUGCAUAUGAAAAUACUCGUUUUUGUUUUUUUUUCAUCAGUGGGAGACCUCAAAAUAAUACCUAGGGAUGAUUGUUGAAUGCUGCCUAAGGCUUACGUGAACUGAUACAUCGAUGUGCCUACAUCUGUUACAGCCUUCUUCAUGUAUUCAUGCAAACUAUCAUUUUAAUUUAAUGUUAUGCUAUUUAAUAAACAGUGUAUGCACUUUUAAAAGAGUAAAAUGACAGACAUGCAUUUGUUCUAUUUACUUUGUAUCCCAUCCAUGUUUUAUCAAAGUAAUUGUUUGAGAGAAACAUACCAAUGCUUUUUUUUAUUAUUUUAUAUUUUGUUUGUUCUGUCUACUUUUUCACACUGACAGCAAUGUACCACUGAGUACAUUGUCACAAACUACAGGACAUAA